CAUGGUAUGGGGGAUUCCAGUUUCGGAUGCCAGAACCUCCAGUCCUGGAGGCUUCCAUACCAACACUUCAACAUUUGUAUGCAAUAUGAACGAACUUUUACAACCCCAAAUGUAACAGCACCCGCAUGGCUAACCUCUUGACUAUUGGCUAGCACCGCAGAAGGUAUGCAGUUCAGAGCACUCUCUUUGAUUUGUAAUCUUGCGGCUUUCUUCCUCCGCGAUCGUCUCAUUGAGACUUCUCACUCUAAAAGACCUUGCAACGCGCAACAGACUAGCAGUGAUGCCAAUCGCCAAAAAGACUGUCUUGAUCACCGGUUGCAGCGAGGGUGGAAUCGGUGCUGCUAUGGCUAUGGCCUUUAGUCGCCAGGGCUUCCACGUAUUUGCCACGCUGCGAAACACGUCGAGGAUUGGAGCAUUGGCGGAAAUUGAGGAUUUAGAGGUUCUCGAGCUUGAGGUAACUUCUACGGAAUCAGUCGCCCGAUGUGUGGAGCAUGUGAGAGAGCGGACCGGCGGCACUCUUGAUGUGCUAGUUAACAACGCUGGACGCGGUUUUCUGAUGCCACUUCUAGAUGUUAACAUUGACGCAGCCAAGGAGCUUUUUGAUAUUAACGUUUGGGGCGCCUUGAUCGUCACACAAGGGUUUGCUCCGUUAAUCAUCAAUGCAAAAGGGGCAAUUGUCAAUCACAGCUCAGUGGCCGGAAAUAUGUUGAUACCAUGGAAAGGUAUCUACACCAUGUCGAAAGCAGCGGUCACGCAAUUUUCGGAGACUUUGAGAGUUGAGCUCGAACCUCUAGGCGUCAGGGUGGUGACGGCACUCAUCGGUGCAGUUCACACGCGAGCUCUCGAGAACUCUCGCAGUGAAGAGUUCAAGAUGCCCUCCGACUCGUACUUCAAUCCAGCUCGGCAAUCGAUUCUCGACGAGUACACUAGGAUAGGGUAUGAUAGGAGCGAGCAAGUUGAUGUGACAGCGCGGCGCUUAGUCAACGAUAUCGUCUAUGGUGCGACAGGCCGAGUUUGGCGCGGUGGUUCCGCGAAAGAGGCGAAAUGGUUAACUUGGCUGCUCCCUCGAUGGGCAAUGCAGAAAUUGACAUCUAAGGCGAUGGGCUUAGAAGAUUUGACACAUUACUAUACGACGAGUGAGAAAUAAACAUUCCUAUUCCAUGCCGGCAUUGUUGUAGUUAUAUCCAUAAGAGAGGUUUUAGUGGACUGUAAGUAUCUAGCAGGAGUUGUUCUAAGGUUACUGCAUGCAUAAUCUUGGUAAUAGUAGAGUCCUGCACGAUAGUUCGUUUCCGGAGAGUAUAGGAUAAUUAUGUGUAUGUACAUUUAACUUGAUGGUGCAAUCUAGAUAACAGGAAGGUUGAAAUGAACAAUGAUUUGGGA